AUGUUAUCGCAAUUGAUGGAUUUAAUUUUAACCGUGGAGAAUCCCGACGAUUUUACUGAUAAUUUCUACAUGCUACUCGCAAUGAUUGUUUCCUGUUGUAAGAUGUUCACUCUGUUGAUGAAUCGCAGUAAUAUUGCGAUACUAAUCGAUAUUCUUGUAAGGAAACCGUGUAAACCGAUCCAGUCCGACGAAAUCAAAAUUCAGCAGAAGUUCGAUAAACAUGUACAGACAAAUACGCUUUUCUACGCAGUUUGGGUUGAAACAACGUGUCUAUGCAUAGCUGUGACAUCGUUGCUAACAGAAUUUAGAAAAGGAAGAUUGACAUUCAGGGCAUGGUUGCCGUUCGACUAUUCCUCGUCGUCACUGUUUCGUAUUGUAUACGCGCAUCAAUUGAUAAGUUUAACAGCUGGAUCCAUUCUCCAUGUUGCUUGCGACGGUCUAAUAUGUGGAUUACUGGUGCACGUUUGCUGUCAGAUAGAAAUAAUUGAAUGCCGUUUGCAAAAAGUCGCACAUGAUCGGGAUAUUCUUCGCAAAUCCGUCCUGCAGCAUAAUCAUGUAUUCAAGUUUGCUCGUCUGAUGAAUGAAAAAUUUAGAUUGACUAUUGUUAUACAAUUUGUUGUGAGUACGUUAGUAGUAUGUAUCAUUCUUUAUCAAUUUACCAAAUCAACAGCGGCAAGAGCACAGUAUAUGCAAUUAAUGAUGUAUAUGGGUUGUAUGCUAUCACAAAUCUUUUUUUAUUGCUGGUAUGGUAAUGAAGUUAUGUUAAAGAGUCGUCAAUUGAUUAAUAGUAUAUUUGAAAUGGAGUGGUUUGAAUUAAACAAACAAACUAAACAAUCUUUAUUAAUGAUUAUGAGACGAAGUUCAAGACCAAUCGAGCUUACCAGUGCUUAUGUUAUCUCGAUGAAUCUCGAUUCAUUUGUGGGUCUACUCAAGACAUCAUAUUCAGCUUACAACGUACUGAAACAAAUGUAA